GUCACGCAUUUCAUGCAGGGACAUUCAUUGUGUCCGAGUCCUUUGGCGCUCUUCUCUCGUAUAAAAGUCAGGAGCUCUCUCUCCUUCUUCAAAUUUGAAUUGUGUGAAAGGUGAAGCUGUCUGGCACCACUCAAACUCUCUAUUUUUUUCUCGUGAUUUCAAUCUCGCUGACCCGUGGUAUCAUCUUUCUCUGUCGUCAGAGGAAGGCAUUUUAACGUCACUACUUCACAGAAAACUCUCUCGUUUCUUUUGAUAGUCCUUUAUUUAUUAUUACUGGGAACUGCAGUAGCUCAUUGAUAUUUGUUUAAAUAGGACCCUGUACUUUGUUACUAGCCGAAUCUCAAAGCCUCAAUUUUUGCUUUUUUCAAAAUUUCUUCGUCCAUUCACUCCGCCUCAAAUCAAGCCACAAACUUAAAGAAAGACUCAUUUUAUAUUUUUUCGGAAGACGAUAAACAUGGCCGCUCAUUGUUAAGACCAGCAUGUAUCAAGGAGCUACGAUAUUUGGAACCAGCAGAAACCUGCUUGUUACAAAACUCACUCUCAUUUCAGGAUUUUCGGCAAUUACAGAAAACCCCGCCCACUGCAAGACAGAGCAUGUCUUCACGUUGGGAGAGGACUCAGGAGACUCAAACGAGUCAACAGUUGCAGCUGUCGACUGGUUGCAUGUCACCCUCGGGAGGAAAACAUGUCAGCAAACAAAGAGCUAAGGCUAGGGUAUGGGAUGAUAGGGGCCACCCUCCUCUCUCUUCAUUCUCAGUCAACAAUGGCCCCUUGCAUAAAGGGAGCAGACAGAAGAACAAGCAUACCAACAGGACAGGUGGUAGUGGAGGAGGAGGGGAUAGUAGACCGUCUAAUCAGAGAAGACCACAGCUGUCAAGGGAUUAUGGUGACGAUGUUACCGGAUUAGAGAAAGAGAUUUCACUGGGUGGCGACAGGAAAAAGUCUAGCCCCAUUUCGCUGAAUCAUUUAUUGAAUUUCACACUAACACCGAGAGAAAGGGGUGUGGCUGGGGGUGGGGACUAUUCCGUAGAUACUCACGGUCGAGGGAGGCACAGGAGACCGUCUCAUUAUAAUAAAGAACAAUUCUUGCAAGCAAACUGUCAGUUUAUAGUUAGAGAGGAUACAGUUGACUACAGUCUGUAUACUUAUGAUCCUGAUCUACUUGUUGAAUGGGACACCAUUGAACAAGUGAGGCUCUUUUGUUCUGACAUACCAUCAUGUCCUAUCUGUCUCCAUCCUCCCACUGCUGCUAAGAUGACUCGCUGUGGACAUGUCUAUUGCUUCCCUUGCAUACUCCAUUAUCUAUCACUGAGUGAGAAGAAAUGGAAGAAGUGUCCAAUUUGUUACGAAUCAAUUUACAAAAAAGAUUUAAAGAGUGUCUCCACACUGUCUAACAAAGUGUAUAAAGAUGGUGAUAAUAUUACCAUGAAACUAAUGAUGAGACAUCAAGACAGCAUUGUUGCAUUGCCUAGGGCAGUAUGGACAGAAGAAAGAGCUGGGCAGCUUUCUUCUAUAAGCAGCUCAGGUGACGCAUGCGCAUUUUCAAAGAUAUUAUCGGCUAAUGAAGACGACAUACGUUCACUCAUUAUUAAUGCAGAGAAAUCAGUGCUAACGCAACAAUUGAAACAAUUGACGCCUGAUGAAGAGUCUGAAAGGUGCUUCAUUGAAAUGGCGCUUGAAGAUUUAUCAACUCGUGAGUCCGCUCUUACUGGGAAAACUCAAUUAGAAGAAUCCCACACUAGUACUACUGAUAGUGAAAGUGCCAUACCCAUUUCAAAACCGACCACACCCCCUGAUACUAGUAGUCUUGAAGGUGCCUCAGAGAGCAAGGAAGGGUCACCUCCUGGUUCUAACACGUCGCCUGCUGGUGCAGUGUCAGCAAAUUUAUCGGAAGAUGACGAAGAAGAAAGUUCUUACUCAAUUUCUCGUUACAAUACAUCCGAUUUCAUUUAUUUCUAUCAAUCUGCUGAUGGCCAACAGCUCUAUCUUCAUUCAAUCAACACCAAAUGUAUUUUAAAGGAGUAUGGCGGUUGGCAGUUUUGUCCUGAUGUUAUUACUGCUAGGAUUGUUGAAGCAGAAAACUGCACAAUGAAUGAAGUUGAGAGAGGUCAUUACAGAUAUUUGUCACACUUGCCUUUAAGCACACAAUUCAGUUUGUGUGAAUUAGAACUCAGGGAACCUCUCGUCUCUUUGGCUACGUUGCAGGUUUUUGCUGAUAAAAUCCAAAAACGAAAGACUAGAAGACAGAGAAAGAAAAGAGAGGAGAAGAGAAGAGAGAAGAAGAUAGAAAGGGAGAAUGUUCACUUAUCUGUGGAUUUACCAUCUAAUCCAGUCGAUAUAUCUCCUGAAACAUUCCACCAUUUUCUUUCAAUGGCGUCUUCGCCUCCUCUUCCGUCUCUAAUGAAACCACACCCACAACCUUUGUCCAGUAGUAGCAUACCUUCACCAUCUCUCUCUGUACCAUCAAGUUCUCCUUCUUUUGCUCAAGCACUUGCUUGGGGAGACAGGAGAAGCAAACUGGUUCAGAAUUUAUCUUCGCCAACUUUUCUCACCCAAAAUGAAAGUGGAAAAACUAGUGGUGGGCAACAAAUAGGAGAAGAUGAUGACACUUCUGAUUGUGUCCCUUCGUUUCAAAACUCGUUUUCUGAUGCUUUGUUAAAUGCUUCACAGUCGGUUCGUGCAGCUACAAGAGAUCCUGGUGGGAAGCCAGGCGGAAGUAAAACCGCCAAAAAAGCUUGCAAGAAAUUGGUUCUCUUCUCUACUGGUGGCCAGCGUAGAUUAUAAUUAUUAUCAUUUCGAUUUUUAUUGUACAUUUUAGUUGUUAGCUAUAGCUUUUAGCUCUCAAUCAUUACAUGUGAUGUCAUCAUAUUUUAGUUUUUUCUUUCAUAAUCUUCACAAACUCUCUCCUUUCUCUCUCUUUUUCUGACCGUGUGAUGGAUCUAAAGCUUAAUAGUUUAACUUUAAAUGGCAAUUGAUGCAUAGUAACUAUUAUUCUCAUUAUUAUUAUUAAAAUUCAUUUUAGUCAUCUCAUUAUUAAAUAAAGGACUUUAUUAUUAUUAUUAGAUCUAUUUAUUGUAAUUCAGAAAUAAUUUUUAUUAAAUAAAGCAAUA